AUGGAAUAACAUUUAAGAUUGUAAAGAAUUGGCCCAUCCUCUCUAACUUUAUAACUCACUUCGAAAUAGGAAUCCUCAUCCUAGAUAAUGUUGGAAGAUGAAAUUUAGUAGGAAAGUUUGAGGGAAAUGAAUGAAAAUAAAAGCUUUGAGAUGAACAUGUCACGUUUCGAAAGUAAAUCUGAAUUUAGGAGGAAAGGACAACAUCCACUAAGAACUCUAAAGACUCUUUAACCAUAAAAAUAAUCAAAUUUUAUUCAGAAUUUUAAAUUGUAGUUGCACGUUCAUCGAUUCAUUAACAAUAUCUUUACAAACUCAUAUAUCUUAAGAAAUUAAUAGAAAAUAAAGAUCACUGAUUAACUAUUCGAAAAAUCUUCAGCUUCCCAGAAAAAAGAAAAUGUUCAAGACACUUUAUCGUGGAUUCCGAUAUUUUUACCUUCCACUAACGCAAUUAUCAUUUGGGAUAUUUUUGGGUUUCUGAACAACCUUCUAAUGCUAUGGUUAACUCCCUUUAUAGGGUCAUUUAACAAUUAUCAAAACGAUAUCAUAUCUAUUAUUUAAUAAAUCAUCUUAAUUUUUCAAAUUAUCGAUUUCUUGGUUCAAUUCAACAGGGGAAUAUUUAUCUCUGCUAUUUUAAUUACCAACAGAGUGACAAUAAUAAAAGAGUACUUGAAAUCAAAUGCAUUUGUGGAUUUCCUGAGACUAUUUAUUUGGUUUUGCCUAAAACACGAUUUGAUAUUCGCUGAAAUUUUGGAAAUUACAAUAAUACUAGAAAUUAUAUUGAUAUAUCAAAACAUCGAAAGAUAUCUUGCUGAAUACUUUCAAUACUUCUAUAUGAAAGGAGGUUAGAAUGCCAUUUUAGAUCUAAUUUAGUUAAUCAUUUAAAUAUACUAUUUUGCUCAUAUCAUUGCCUGUGUAUGGCAUUAUACUGGAGACAAAACCAAGUAUUUAGGGACAUCUUGGUUGCUAGAACAUAACUUAACAGAAUACUCAUCUUGGCACCAAUACAAUGCCUCAUUUUAUUGGGCAACUAUGACAAUGACAACAGUUGGUUAUGGUGAUAUAUCUGCUUCGAAUUAAGUUGAGAUGCUUAUUUCAUCAGUUAUCAUGUUUUUCUCUAGUUAUGCUUUUGCUUAUACUAUGAGUUCAAUAGGAAUUAUUUUAAAAAAUCUGUAUGAUGCCAAAUAAACAUAUAAAAAGAAUUUGAUCUAAAUAACUCAAUAUAUGCAUAAGAAUCAAGUGGAUGAGAGCAUACAAGGCAGGAUCAGGAAUUACAUAAGAAUCCAUUCGACUUCGGAUAAUGUAGAAAAUCAAAGCGAAAUAGACAAUAUCAUUGGUUUAUUGCCAAAUAACUUGUAGAAGGAUUUAAAUAAUGAUAUUUAAACUAGAGUUCUCAAAAAAAUGAAGUUAAUAAUCAAUCAUUUCUCGAAAUAUACUUAACAACAAGUGGCUAAAAACCUUGAGUUGAUUUCCUUUCUGCCUGGAGAUAUCGUAUAUAAAUAGGGAGACGUUCAUGAAGAUAAUCUGUAUUAUUCACGUUAAUUUAGCUAUUUUAUUUAAUAAGGAGAUGUAAAUCAAAUAGAAAUGUAGACCGAACUCAAAUUGAGGAAUCUAAAAACCUCAUAAUAUUUAGGUUACUAUUCCUUUUUCACUGGAUUUGUUCCCAAAGAAACAGCAGUCAGUCAAGGAGCUAGUUAGCUUUAUAGGAUAAGCAGAAAGAAAUUCUUAGAUAUCAUCAGGCAGAAUCAAAAGGAUUUGGAGAUCUUUCAUCACAUAAAAGACAAGAUGAUUUAUAAGCAGAACUUCGUGUUAUUUGAUCACAAAUGCAGUUUCUGUAACAGAUAUGUUCAUCAGGAAAUCGAUUGUCCAUUAAUUCAAUUUAAACCUGAUUUAGAACGCAUAUUAAAAAAGGAGGCAUUUAAUGAGGAGUUCAACUUAAGCAGAUACAGAUCCAGGAGAUAAUCAAAACACAAUUCUUUAGCUUAAAAUCAAAUGAUAGAAUAAUCAUUGAAGCUAUAUUAAGAAGAGAAUCAAUUAAAUGAAGAUUUAACAUCUCAUCAUGAAUUACAAAAUGAUAAAUCUGUAGUUUCUGAAUAACAAUUUCCAUCAUCAUAGUAUAUCUAAAGUGAAAAAGAUAUAAUUCCAGAUUAACACGGUUUAAGAUAAAACUAGAGAAGAAUAAGUUAGAAUCUUUAAGGGAAAGGACUGAAAAAAUUGUCUUAUCUCAAGGUAAUACCAAUUGUCCAGGAAUCUAAAUAAUCAUAACGUAGGAUAGUAUUGUCAAAUGAUGAAAUUCUAAUUCCUAAACAAUACAACAUGAUAGAAGAGAUUGAGACAACACUGUAAAAGAGUUUGAAAUCUUCUCUAAAUAUUGAUUCAAUUUCAUUAAAGUCAUAGUAUUACAUGCCAUAAUAUUAAAUUGAAGCUCAAAUUAAAUUAUGGAUCAAAAGUUAAAGAAAAAGAAGCAAUAAAUUUUGGAAUAUUUAUGAAUAAUUAAAGAAAUACACGUUUUCAAGUUUUGUAAAGGAUGCAGCAAUAUAGAUGAUUCCUUAGGGAAAAAGAAUGUACAAUACUUUUAAUUUUGAUCGAUUGUGA